AUGACGGAUGUUCUUUCAACACAAACUCAAUGGCCACGUAGUACUAUGCCAGGAAUCUCGCAACAACAACAACAAAAUUAUCAAAAGAAUACUCGUCGUACAUUACCAAAAUUUAAAAAUGAUAUUUCACCACGAACAACACCACGUAAAAUAACUUUAUUUCGUAAUGGUGAUCGUUACUUUGCUGGUAAACAAUAUGCUAUUAAACCACAAAAUUAUUCAAAUAUUGGACAAUUAUUACAAGAAUUAUCAACUGCUAUUGAUUUACCUUAUGGUGUAAGACGUUUAUUUACACCAAAUAAAGGCUCAGAAAUUACAGAUGUUAAUAUUAUUAAAGAUGGUGCUUCAUAUGUUUGUGCUUCAUUUGAACCAUUUCAAAAAAUAGAGUAUACAUCUAUUGGUCUACCACGUGUAACAUUCAACAUUGAACAACUUCGCCAACCAUUACAUGACUUUCAUCCUCCUCAGCGUCUUCAUGUACGUCAUUUACCAACUAUACCUAUAUCAAAAAUUGGUGCUGUUAAUGGUUCAACUGUAAAUUCAAAUAUAACAACAACAACAAAUCGUUAUCAAACAAAUACUCUUUUCUUACAAUCACUUGCUGCAACAACGAAUAAUACAAAUCAACAACAAAAAAAAUUAAUUCCUAAACAAAAUAAAUAUGGUUUUGAUUCUAUAAAUAAUAAGCCACGUCAAAUAACAAUUGUUAAACAAGGAAAUGAAAAACCACAUAAAACAAUAACAAUAUUACUUAAUCGACGAACAGUUCAAACAUAUGAUCAACUUUUAUCUGAUAUUUCAGAAUCAUUUGGUUAUCAAAAAAAUCGAACAGAUAAAAUCAAACGUUUAUUUAAUCUCAAAGGAAAACAAGUGAAUGGUAUCAAUGAUUUUUUUCGUGAUGAUGAUAUAUUUGUUGCAUCAGCAAAUAUAACAGAUUUGUCUCCAACUGAUUUACAAGAAAUAAAUAUUGAAAUGCUUAAUGAUACACAACAUUCAACAUCACGUAAUACAGUUGUUGGUCGAAAUCAAUUAAAACAAAAUUUACAAAUACCAUUUGAUAGUGAUACAUCAAAUACACAAACAGGAUCUAUUACUGUUGAUUUUAAAAAAAUGCUUAAUGUACGCGAUAGUGGCUUUUUAGAUGAUGAAGAUGGUUUUUCUGGUCGAGAUAGUGUAUUAACAACAUCACGUAAAACACCAUCUCGACCUACAAAUAAUAAUAAUAAUAAUAAACAAUAUGAAGUGGCUUCUGAAGAUGCACCAACACCUAAUGAUCUCAUUGCACGAAGAUUGAAAAAACCAACACUAAAACCAACAACCACACUCACUGUUGAACAACAACGAGAACGUGAACGACAACGUUUACGAGAAGAAGAUGAACGUCGAAAAAAAAUUCUAAUUCGAAAAGAUUAUCAACAAACAGCAACAAUUCAACCAGUACCUAAAUUUGAACCAUUAGCAGUUGAUAUUAAUAAUGAUGAAACUCGUACGAAUAAAUCAAAAACUCCAACAACAGGUACUGGUACAUUUUCUCCAAAUUUUCCUUUAACUGCUGGUACAAUAACAAAAGUAUUAAAUAAACCAUUAUCCAUAACACCAUUACCUCGUACAAAUAUGGCAAAUAAUCAUGAUGAAAAUGAUCCAACAACUAAUAAUGAUCCAACAACAGCAAUUGCAGCAGCUUCAACAUCAUUACCAGCACCAGUAGUGAAAAAAUUUAUUAUUAAAAAACGUGCAACAAUUCUACAUAAUUCUUCGUCUGUUAUUACUGAUAAGUAUGAACUUGGUAAAAAAAUGGGUGAUGGAAAUUUUGCGGUUGUACAUCGUUCAAAAUUGCGUGGUACUGAUCGUGAAUAUGCAAUUAAAAUAAUUGAUAAAUCAAAGAUGAAAGGAAAAGAAUAUAUGCUUGAUCAUGAGAUAAAUAUAAUGUAUAUGUGUAAUCAUCCAAAUCUAAUACGUUUAUUUGAAGAUUAUGAAACUCCUGAUGAAAUUUAUCUUGUAAUGGAAUUAAUUAAAGGUGGAGAUUUAUUUGAUUAUAUAACAAAACAUCGUCGCUUUGAUGAACCAACAUCUUCAUUGAUGGUUAAAGAUGUUGCUGAAGCACUCUUAUAUUUACAUGCAAAAAAAAUUGUUCAUAGAGAUUUAAAACCAGAAAAUUUAUUAGUUAUGCAAAGAAAAGAUGGACGUAUUACAAUAAAAUUAACAGAUUUUGGUUUAGCAAUGCAAGUAUCUGGACCAAUAAAAACAGUCUGUGGAACACCUACCUAUGUUGCGCCGGAAAUUCUUGCUGAAACUGACUGUUGGGCGACAGGAAUUAUUUUAUAUAUUCUUCUUUGUGGUUAUCCGCCAUUUAAAACAGCAGAUCGUAAUCAAGAAGCAUUAUUUCAAUUAAUUCAACGUGGAAAAUUCAUUUACGAUCCUGAAUAUUGGAGUUCCAUAUCAGCUAAUGCAAAAAAUUUAAUCGAUCAUUUAUUAGUUGUUGAUCGACAUAAACGAAUGCGUGCUGAUGAAAUUCUCCUUCAUCCAUGGAUAUUAAGUAUUGGUCAAUCAAAAUCGAUGCGUAGUACGGAAGAAAUAAAAGCUGCGUUACGUUUAAAGUAUGACACUAAAGUCAAGGAAUAUGCUGCUGAAAAUAAUGGACCUUAA